CCUCUCAUCCCCUUUCAACAAUUAUGUUCCAUCGAUUUGCCGCUAUCAUUUCAGAUUGAGCAACAACUACGCUACAUUUUCCUCGAAAAAGCAUUUUUUUCCGCAAAAUUGUUCCUGAAUAUUGGGAGAAUUAACGAUGGGUAAGCUGUUGAUUCUAAUUUCCUUUGUUCUGGCAAUCAGCGGAGGCCUCAUUGCCGUUCCGGCUGCGAACGCCCUCGUGCCAUACAGCACUUGAACCCUGUGGGACACGAUGCUUCCCUCCGUAGCCGACGAUCCCUUCAGAGUGUUGGAGCAAAUCCCGUUGGCCGUCCCCAGAGGCGCCGACGACAUUGUGGCCCUGGCGCGCGCCGACUGGAAGGAGACCCCUGCCGCCCACCUCAUCUCCCUGGACGUCCCCGGCUUCACCAAGAAAGACGUGAAGAUCGAGGUGGAGGAGAACAGGGUGCUGCGGAUCACCGGAGAGAGGAAGACCGAGGGGGAGGAGGGGGAGAAGUGGCACAGGGCGGAGCGCACUGCCGCCAAGUUCUGGAGGCAAUUCAGACUGCCGGCGAAUGCUGACUUGAACUCCGUCACGGCUCACCUGGAGAACGGGGUGCUGAGAAUCACGGUGCCCAAGCUCGCCGAGGAGAAGAAGAGGCAGCCCAAGCUCGUCCGUAUCGCCGGGGAUUCCUCAGCCGGUGACGACAACAAGACCACCAAGGCCCAAAUGGAAUAACGAAUCAUAGGCAACGGCACAGAAUGUCUAUUAAUGGUCGGUCCACAGCGCUCGCAUCAAAUU